AUGGUAAAGACAUCACCUAAUGACUUUAAGUGCCUUUAUCGCUCCAAUGAAGCAAACGUGCGUUGGUUAGCCAACCAUUUCUUUGGUUACGAGACGACGGAGGCACGUGGUGGUGCAUUACCACCGUUUCUGAAAAUGAAAGUGUUUUUGCGGUAUAUCGCUGAUCCGCGUUACCAACACGGCAUGGGGGAAAUCAUUGGAGUUCACCAAAGUAUUGUGUCGAAAACAAUAGCUGAAGUAACGGAAAAAGUCUGGCAGAAAGCACAUCUGUGGAUCAAUUUUCCAUCUUCCAAUGAGGAAUGA